AUGAGCAGCUAUGAAUAUCCUCGGGGACGACCGGGCUUCGACAGCAGUCGUUGUACGUUCAUUUGAUUCUUGUUUGUUUGUUUAUUUCUUUUUUUUUAAAGUUUCAACAAGCUCUCGGUCAUAUCGCGGCCCUAUAAUUGAAGAAAUAUUUGAUGAAGGUCCACAACCGCGAGUAGAAAGGUUCUUUUUUCCGUUUUUGAGUUUAAUAAUCAGAAUGAAGUUAUAGAGAUGAUACUCAGCGGACCUAUUCGACGAAUUCGUAUUUAAGAGGAUAUUCAGGAGAUGAAAAUUCAGAAAAUUUCAGCGACGAAGAUGCUGAAAGGUUAGUUCCUAGCAUAGAAUCAAUAAAACUGAAAAGUUGAAUUCCCAUGUGUGGUUUUUGGGCGCGUUUUGCGAACUCUUCGCUACGAAAAUUCGACUUUUCAAAUUCAUUUUUCCGAUCGGAUGUUCCUUUAAAGACACCAGCAUUUUCAGAAAAGAACGUCUUCAAAGGUGUAAAAUGAGAAUAUCUGAGCUCAACGGCGAAUGGGAAGAUUUGCGCCGGAGGGAAUUGUCGGAUCCAACGAAAUUUCCUGUUGAGGACAGGCGACGCAAGGACAAAAUAGCAGAGAAAAAAGCCAAGUUAGUUAAAAAAUUAUGGUUUUUCGAUUUUUUUUUUCUGUUCAGUGGGAAUAUAUGGGAUCUUUUUUUCUACAGUCAAAUUUUUUUAUUUUUUUUUUCUAUUAAAAUGACCUUUAGGUUCGAAGAGAUGUACAGACUGGCUUUGGAUAAGUUCAAAACCCAAAGACGCGUUCUCGCCCCUAUCAGACGUUUCUCAAGACAGCAAAGUCCGAACUACGAGUUCGAAUCGGACAGAAAAAGCGCCGGAAAUCGCAACGAGAGAAGAGAAUACGUCGAUGCUGAUUAGUACGUGUGUUUUUUUAAAAGAUGGUCGUGCUGAUUUAUCUGAUUGUCUCUACGUUUUAGGCUAUUUAUAAGGAAAAAUGUUGUAAAUUAUUAGAAGUUGGUGUUUCUCGAAAAGUUAAGGUGGGUAUAAAAAAUUUUUGAACCCUGUUGCCGAUUGAAAGUUGGAUGGUGUGCUCUGAAAUCUCCUUAUUUUAUAUUUCGGCAGUUGUCGCUUGUGGAAAACUACCUAUUUUUUUAAGAUAAAGCGUGAAAUUGAAGGCAAAAUAAAAUUUUCUGUGUUAUCAGAAGGGCUUGAAGUAUAUCUUUGGGAAGUUUUCAAAAUCGUCAAGCAGGAAUCAUCUUUGAAAAAAUUAAAUUCAAAGCGCUAUUUUUUCAGCCCCGAUUCUCAUCACUAUAAACGAAUGGGAAUAUUUUUCCACUUAUUUUCAAGUUUUUAUGUACCUUAAAGUACGUGAACCCUGCUACAAUUCCUGACUGUGUUUUUUCAGAAAACUUUUUAACUCUAAUCUUUAAUUUAAACGGAAUCAAUUCCUUGCAUUCAUAUUUUUUUAGAAGCAAUGUAUAAGUUUUUUUCUCACAUAUGAUGUUUAAAAAAAGUUUUAUAACAGUUUUUUUCUUCACGUUUUGAUAGUUUUAUUCACUUCUUCGCCUUCCAUAUUAACGUGUUUUUCCUGUUUCAUUUUUUUUUUAAAUAAUAUAAUUGUGGAUAUAUUUAUUUUACAGCUACGGGCCGAUGGCGUCAAGCGGAAGCCGUAGCUCUAACGUUCCAGCAAAUCGUGCACCUCCCACACGCGGUGACUUCAAACGAAAAUCGCGCAAUCCCAGAAACAAGAAAAGGUUUUUGGAUAUAUCAUUAACAAUUGCAGUUAGGCGCAGACUUUUUCUGCGCCAUUUUUAUUUGGUUUUGAGUACUUUUUCGUGACUUUUUUUUGAGGAAACAAAUAUAAUGACUAUUUUCAACCUAUUUGUAAUGAACAGAAGCUUCAAGUUAUCAACAAAAAAUUCUCUCAAUAACUUCUUUCAAAAAUUCAAUUUUCUAGGUAUCAGCCGGGCGCAAAAGCUCUGCAGGAGAUCCGAAAAUACCAACGGUCCACGGAUCUUCUCAUCAAUCGCGUGAGUUGUCGGAAUCUUUUCGGACAUUUCUCCAAUGAACGAUUGCAGGCACCUUUCCGCAGAGUCGUCAAAGAAAUCGUCCAGGAAUAUGGAGAGUUCCGGAUGCAGGCGGAUGCUCUCGCGGCUCUUCAAGAGGUUCCCAAGUUUUCCCUUCUUCUUUCCCAUGACCUAAAAAGUUUUAAAGGACCCCUAUACUUCUCCCCGAGUUUUUCUAAUAUAAUUUCAAUACUAGUGCCUAAAUGUAAUUUUUUUUUUCAAUCAACAAUAACUUCUUGGAGUUAACAAUCAUUUUAAUACGUUUUUUUCAAAAAUUUGUGAUAUAUCACUUACUUUUAGAAAAUGUCUUGUUCGCUAGCUAAUGAGGUUCUGCAGAGUAUUCUGAUCCUCAAAGUUUUUGUUAAUUUCUUUUCGUUAACUGACCUCCUUAAAAGUUUUGAGAUUAUUCAUUUUUUAGCAUAAUUUCUGUGAGCUCAUUAUUCGUUACUGAUCUAUCAUUUUUUAGUGAUUCUUUUUCUUAAAUGAAAGUUUGAAAAAUAACGUUUAUAGGGCCUUUUCUCUACUUUUGUCUAAAUUUUUUAGAGUAAUUUUCCAGCAAUGCUCAACGUAAAUCAGAGAAAAAACGGUUCAAAACUUAGCCCUAAGCUCUUUCAAAAACAAAAUUCUAGGAAAGGUAAUCGAAGUUGAAAAGAUUUUUUUCUGUUCUAGGAAUAAAUUUUUUUAUGGUUUUAGAACUUUACAAAAAUCUUUUUGUACAAGUUUUCAAACGGAUUUCUGAACAAUUUAUUGAAAAGUCGAGUUUUUUUUUUCUUCUAGCUGUUAUCAAAGACCAUUUGGGAAAAGUAGAACAAUGUGAGAAUAAAGUUACUCCGAGAAAAACCUGUAUAAUCGAAUUUUAAGGCGGCGGAGGCGUUUCUGGUGCAGUUCUUCGAGAACGCGAACUUGUGCACGGCUCAUGCUCACCGUGUCACGCUGAUGCCUGCGGAUAUCCAUCUUGCGCGUCGUCUUGUCCUUCGAUUCUGA